GAACCGACGGUAGAGGCGAAACUGCUUCGCGAUCUGUAGAGCUUCGCUGAUCGUGUGGCAUUCAAUGUGUGGUCAGUGUUCAGCUGGAGCUCGUGGAAUUCAGUGUCGUGACUUAAGAUAGAGACAAUCGAUUGUGUGAGAUCAUUUGGACAAUAAAGAAAAUGCUUACCACACUCAAUGGAGUGAGGGAUGUCUUCGUCAUCAUUUUCAUCUCUUCCUGCUUCAAUUUAGUUGCUACAUACAGGAUUCCUCCGCCCACGAUCGUUGUUACGCAACCCACAGGACUCAAAGUCUCAAUUCCAGAUGAAAAUGGGAUAGUUUUAUUUGCCUUCCAUGGAAAAAUAAACGAACAGCUUGAACAGAAUGAAGUAGGGACACUCUACGAUGAUGUACAGAAACCAAGAGAUGGCCGAUGGAUCUAUGAGAAUAACACCGUAGCCCUAAAGAUGGGCGAUAAGCUCUAUUACUGGAUCUACGUGCAGAAUGAACGCUUAGCAUUUCGCUUAGAAGACCAAGUAUUUGAAGUUACUGACUUCAAUACUCCUACAGUAAUCAAUAUUGCCGAACCGGAAGUAGAGCAACCGAAACCUCAGUGUGAAUAUUCUCGAACAACCAUCAACGGUGGUACUCACGUUUGCAAGAACAUAAUGCUUUUUGAGGAGACCUUUGAUACAUUGAAUUCCAGUAUUUGGACGCCAGAAGUGAAGUUUCCAAAAGAUUCCGAAGAUGCGGAGUUCUGCUCGUAUCAAGAUCGUCCGGAGAAUGCUUAUGUGAGAGAUGGGGUACUCUAUAUUGUACCAUCAUUGCAAUCGGAAGUACCAGGCUUCAAUGAGACGGUUAUCCGUAGGGGGAAGAUCGAUUUUGGUAAUAGAUGUACUCCUUCUACGAUUUUGAACAAUGACAUUGAGUGCGUCAGACAGGCUAUGGGAAGACAGAUCCUAGCUCCUGUAGUUUCUGCCCAGCUCACGACAAAGAAUUGCUUCAAGUUUCGCUACGGAAAGAUCGUUGUGAGGGCUAAACUACCCACUGGGGAUUGGCUAUUUCCAGAGAUCUGGCUCAAGAGUUCACAAAAUGUCUAUGGAGAUGAUAAUUUCGUAAAUGGUCUCAUGAGAGUGGCUUUCAUCCGAGCUAAUAAGCAACUUCAGACAGCUGUGGGACGAGAGAUUGAUGGACUCUACCUGCAAGGGAUGUUGGUUCUUGACCGUGGGGAGGCCAACCGAGAGAGAUGGAUGAAGACUGAAGUGGGCCAGAAGCAUUGGGGUUCAGAGUUUCACGAGUACUCCCUGACGUGGACAGAUGAGAUGAUCUCAAUGGCUGUGGACGGAAGGCCUUAUGCACAUUUCCGGGACAAAUUCUGUGAUUCUACUCAUCCCUGCAAUAUUCCACAUGCGAAUGUUUGGGAAGCUGGGGUACCUCCACUAGCCCCCUUCGAUCAGGAGGUCUUUGUUGUUCUGGGCAUGGGUGUUGGUGGACUUAGUGACUUCCCCGAGAACUGCAUUACUGGUCCUAGUCGCCAUCCUAAACCCUGGGGCAACACUGAUCCACGAGCUGAGAGAUAUUUCUGGAGUGAUAAGAACAAUUGGUAUCCUACGUGGAACGGGGAGGAUGCAGGCCUCCAAAUUGACUGGGUUCGAGUCUACUCUCUUUGAAUUGUGCCAUUUUAUUUUCAAUAAAAUUAUUGAAAUUGA